UCUGUACUGAGAGGCAGCGGCAGUCUGGUUCAGGGACCACGAUCUUAGUUUGCUUGCGGCGUUUACCACGCGCGGCCGCUCUCUUACAAUACACUUACAUCUUUAUUUAUUUUUUAUAAAUAUAUUACGCGUAUCAAUUUAUAGUUAUACAUAUAUAUGUAACAACAAUUAAUACUUAAUAUAAAAAUGUAACGAACGAACGAAACGAAACGACUGUUUAUUAAUAAACGAAAUAAAUAUUAACCGAUGAUGAAAUUACGCGGAAAAAUAUUUUCAAGAAUGAGACUAAGGAGUUUCAAAGAAAAAAAAUUUAUAAAUUUUCUUUAUUUAAUUUUUUUAUUUAUUUAUUGUAAAUAAUAUGAGUACACAUUUACAUGAGUGAUUAAUUUAUACAUACUCUGUUUUUUUUUUUUUAAUUUAAGUGAUGUGUCGUGUUCUCAUGAUGACUUUGGUAUUUUAUUAAUAUGUAUAUAAAUGAAUGUUAUUUUAUAUUUUUUUUUUGGUUUUUUUCUUACGCUUGUGUAUUUUUAACUUAAAAAAUUCAGGACACUGACAAAUUGAAUCCCCCGGGCGAUCGAGAAGUAGAGUAACUCUCGACUUGUUCCAUCAUCUCGGAUUACUGCUCCAGAAAUAAAUACGAAUUUUAGUGUUGUGUUGUUUUUUAUUGUUAUUUAUUAUUGUCAUUACCUUCGAUGUUUGGCGGUGAGAUAAUUUGAUAAAGUGUCGCAAAAAAAAAAAAAAAUUUUUUUUAAUUAACUGCGGGUUUAAAUAUAAAUUAUCUUAAUAAUAAUAAGUUUUAAGAUGGUGUUAAGAAACUUACGACGAGCUAUCAAGCUCAGUAUUUUUUUAACAAUUUUUUUUUUCCCGCUCUGGAAUUUAAGUGACGCCGCACGAGGAUAUAAACGUAAUUUUAGAAAUGGUUACACAGAAUUUGGAAUGAGUAGAAAUCUUAAGAACGGAGGCUUGUUCCCAUCGACCUUCAACGUCGCCACGAAAGCCGAAAUUUACGCAAACGCGACUUGUGGAGAAGACGGACCUGAGACAUUUUGCAAACCCUCGGAUUCUUCAAGGUGCGCUGUCUGCGAUUCACGGAGUCCUGAUCAAAAUAAGCGGCACAACAUCACGAACGUCUUGAAUCCGGAUCCGACAAAAUGGUGGCAAAGUCCGACUCUUGCUAACGACAAUCGAUACGAAUUCGUGACAAUUAUUUUGGAUUUGAAACAGGUUUACCAAAUUGAAAAUGUUAUCGUCAAAGCGGCAAAUUCACCGCGACCGGCUGCGUGGGUGCUAGAGAGAUCACUCGAUGGGGAAGAGUUCCGAGCCUGGCAGUAUUAUGCCCCGAGUGAUGAAGAGUGCUGGACGAGGUACUCGAUUCCGCCUGUCACAAAGCCUACUUACAAUGCCGAUGAUGAGGUCAUAUGUACGAGUAUGUACUCGCGGCAGACGCCCAUGGAAAAUGGAGAGAUUCACACGCAUUUACUUAAUGGUCGACCGGGCGCACAAAAUCACAGCCAACUACUUGAGGAAUUUACGCAGGCACGAUUCGUAAGAUUGAGGUUGCAGGGGCUACAGCGAGGCGGUGGUGCAGUCGCCGACAAACGACGUGCAUUUUAUUCCAUAAAAGAAAUAAGCAUAGGUGGACGUUGUUUGUGCUCAGGUCACGCUUCACGGUGUCGGUACAGUGUGCGCCAUGGGCAUCAGGAGUGUGAAUGCGAGCGACACACUUGCGGUGAAAGAUGCGAAAAGUGUUGCCCAAUGUACAAUCAGGCGCCUUGGAAACCCGGUACAUCUGCUAAAGGAUUUUACUGUGAAAAAUGUAAUUGCAAUGGUCACGCAAGCUCAUGCAGAUACGAUCCAGAGAUCGCUGAUAGAAAAAUGUCUAUGGACAUAAGGGGAAAAUAUCGUGGUGGUGGCGUUUGUAUAAAUUGCACGGAUCAUACGACGGGAAUCAACUGUGAAAGAUGUCAAGUUGGUUACUAUAGACCCAACGGUAUUUUGCCAAAUGAUCCUAGCCCAUGUGUACCAUGUGAUCAUUGCAAUAUGAGAGGUAGCAUCGGUUUCUGUACUCCGGAUGAUACUUAUCCUGGCAAGGUAGCGGGUGCUUGUGAAUGUAAACCAGGAUUUUCUGGUUACAAAUGCGACCAAUGUGCAGCUGGUUAUCGUCAGUUUCCUGACUGCAUGCCAUGCCCGUGUGACGCACGUGGAAUACUGCCGUCACACGACUGCGAGGGUGACUGUCUUUGCAAAGCAAAUGUUGCCGGGGAUUUUUGUGACCGAUGCAAGCCCGGUUACUUCGCACUGACCCGUGACAAUAUCGAGGGAUGCUUGCAGUGCGACUGCUUCGGAGUUACCGAUCAAUGCACUGCUGCGACUCUCGUUUAUCAGUCGAUUUCAACAUUGAAUGAGUGGCGGGUGACAGACAUAAAUGGAUCGAGAUCAGUGAUACCGACAAUAGAUCCAGACAGUGGUUGGCUAAUCGUUGCAUCCUUCGAAGUUGAGUAUCAGAGCCCGUUCUGGUUCGCUCCUAAAAUUUACACCGGGAAUCGAUUGUCUUCUUACGGAAGUAAUCUCACAUACUCGACGACUUGGAUAGUGAUGCGAGGUGACACUAGUGGUAAACCGACCAUCGAACCCAAUGUCAUACUUGUGGGUAAAAAUGGAAUGAGAAUUGCCUACGGGGAAGAGCAAUACAACAGCCAGGAAGCCGAGAUAUCGGUACCGCUUCAAGAACAGGGAUGGUAUCAUGUUCACAGCGAAGUCCAGGACAUACCGACAAGACUGCGCAGGACCGAGUACAAAGGCGACCCAGUAACUCGAUCGCAGAUGCUCAAGGUCCUGGCAGAUAUCAAGUACCUGAUGAUUCGCGCCCAGUAUCAUUCAGAGCAAGUGGAAGCGAGUUUACAGUCUGUCGUUCUUCCGAUUGGAGAUCGUGCUGAAGAUGGAAUGGAAAGUCUUGCCGAGCACUGCAAAUGUCCUGAAGGAUAUGCCGGUUUGUCAUGCGAAUAUUGCGCCUGGGGCUACGUCAAAGUUAUCGUCAAUGGCAGCGACCAUCAGGAUCAUCAUAUUUGUGUUAAAUGCGACUGUUAUAACCAUGCUGGAUCCUGUGAUCUUGUUAUGGGCGAAUGUAAUAUGUGCGAGCAUCAUACAACGGGACCAAAAUGUGACCGAUGUGCAUCCGGUUACUACGGAGACGCAACUCGAGGAACUCCAAAUGACUGCAAAAAAUGCGCUUGUCCACUCACUGAAGCUUCAAAUCAAUUCAGCCCCAAUUGUCAGCUCGACGACCCCAAAAACCCCGAUGGCAAUUAUGUCUGCACUCAGUGCCCGGUAGGAUAUACCGGGGACCACUGCGAGAGCUGCGACAUUGGAUACUUCGGUGACCCGACGAAACUUGGGGGCACGUGCGAGCUUUGUCCUUGCAAUGGCGGCACAUGUGACCAGGAAACGGGCCAUUGCUUAGAGUGCCGCGGCAACACUGAAGGUUUUAGAUGCGAAAAGUGUAAAGAAGCCCACUACGGUGACCCUUUGGAACAGAAUUGUUUACCUUGCAACUGUGACAUGAUUGGCAGCAGUUCAAGUUUGUGUGAUUUGAUAAGUGGUCAGUGUUUGUGCCGUCCAUUAUACACCGAUCGUGAUUGUUCAAAGUGCAUAGAGGGAUACGGUAACGUAACCGCGGGUUGUCGCGAGUGCGAUUGUGGUAUCGGUGCCGCGGAUGAAGAUUGUGAUGCCGUCACAGGAUUGUGCAAGUGUCAAACGGGAGUUAGUGGUGACCGCUGCGAUCAAUGUGACCACGAUCAUUAUGGAUUAUCGAUGAAUGGCUGCUUAGGAUGUCGGUGUAAUAUGAUUGGCUCUGUAUCUACGGGAUGUGAUAUCGUGACUGGACAAUGUAUAUGCAAGCCGAAUGUUAUUGGACGACAGUGUCAUCAAUGUGAGACAGGACACUGGGGUUUAUUAACUGGAACAGGAUGUACAGCAUGUGAUUGCAAUACAAUAGGAUCAUUUAAUAUAACAUGUGAUCACAAUACAGGGCAUUGUUACUGUCGUCCCGGAAUCGGUGGUAAAUAUUGCGAUAAUUGUUUACCAGGAUACUAUGGCUUCUCUGAAAACGGCUGUCAAAUUUGCGACCCAUGCUCAAAAGCAGGCCACAUUUGUGAUCCAGACACAGGUCGCUGUGCGUGCCCACGUCUGACCUGGGGCGAGCACUGCGACCGGUGCAGACCUGACUCUUAUGAUCUGGUACCAGGUGUAGGCUGUAAACCUUGUGCCUGUUCGCCUGGAUCCACUAAAUCUCAAUGCGAUCCAACUGGACAAUGUCCGUGUCGCGUUGGGUUCGAUGGGCUACGCUGCGAUCGUUGCGCACCCGGUUAUUACGGUUACCCAAAAUGUAAACCGUGUAAUUGCAACGAAGGAGGUACUCUACAAUGUCCUGAGGGUCUCUGUCAUUGCGAUCGUAAUGGACAGUGUCCAUGCAAGAAAAAUGUUCACGGAAGGCAGUGUAAUAAAUGCGUAGAAGGUACGUUCGGUUUAUCCAAAGACAACAAUGAAGGCUGUACAGAAUGUUUCUGCUUCGGAAGAACGUCAAAGUGUCAACAGGCGAGUCUUAGCUGGGGCUCCCGGCACAUCACCCACUCACGGACACUUCGCAUUGAUGAUUCUGUCAAUGAUGUCAUCGUUGCCAACUUUGGAUACUCAGUGGUCCUACCAGCCUUGAAUGGUGGUCUAAAUAUCACGAACGGUCUAUCGAUUAUACCUGGUACUUCUGGUGACGUAACAUUACCGGCUAAUCUUUAUUACAAUUAUCCGCUCUACUGGCAGUUACCUCAAUCCUUUCUUGGUGACAAAAUUGUUUCAUAUGGCGGUUACUUGAAACUUAAAUUAUUUACCGAAGCUGGCAUACCACUGAGAUCUAGUCUGCGCUAUCCGCUGGUACAAAUUCAGGGGAACAAUAAAAUUGUACUAGAAUAUUAUCAACCUUUAAAAUUGACUGAUGAUUAUUACAAAAUACGAUUGCACGAGUCACUGUGGCAACUACAAAAUAGACCUGAUUAUAAAGUAUCACGAGAAGUAUUAAUGGUAGCGCUACAAAAUGUACAGUCGAUAUUAGUAAAAGCUUCUGAUAAUUCAGAUUUCGAAAAAGCGAUAUUACUAGAAGCAUCAAUGGAUGCUGCUGUACUGACACCUACGCACUCCUCGUCACUGGCAAUAGGCGUUGAAGUUUGUAAAUGUCCUGCCGAGUACAACAAUACAUCGUGUCAGGAUCCAAGUAUCGGUUAUUACCGUUGGCACAAUAGCAAUUUAACUACAACUACAUCGACAAGUGUUAUCGAAUUAAUAGGCCAAGCCAAACGUUGUCAAUGCAGUGGCAGAUCUGACAUAUGUGAUAUCGAGACCGGUUAUUGUCUGAAUUGUCGCGAUAAUACGGCAGGAGAAUUCUGUGAAACAUGCGAAGAAAGUUUCUACGGAAAUCCCGAUUACGAUGGAUGCAAACCAUGCCCAUGUCCACAUACGGAUAAAAGAUUUGCGAUUGGUUGCAAAAUACGUAAAAAUGAAGAAGCUGUGUGUCAUUGUAAGCCAGGAUACAGUGGUGUUAGAUGUGAAAAAUGUUCAUAUGGGUAUUAUGGAUACCCUGAUAUACCUGGUGGAGUUUGUAGCCCGUGUAACUGCAACCCAGCGGGAAGUGCCAGUGAUGAAUGCGACGAACAAACGGGACAAUGUAACUGCAGGCCUGGAUCUACUGGGAGAGAUUGUUCCCAGUGUACUGCCUCUCGUCAUGUUUUCAUUGAUAAUAUCUGCACGUCAUGUAAUGACAAUUGUACAGGAAUAUUAUUGAAUGACAUAUCAUCACUAUCUGAUCAAUUGAUAGCUGAAACAACCCACAUCUCCAAUGGUUACAUACCACCGCCAUGGGUCGAACUGACGUUUAUUGAUACAAAUACAACUGAAUUAUUCAAUGCAAUAAACAAUAAAAAAUUAUUGAAACAACGUAUGAAUAAUAUUCCAUGGUUAGAAUAUAAAAAUAUGAUGGAAAAAGUUGAAUUAUUAUUUAGAAAUUUUGUUAACGUCAGUACUAAAUCGUGGGAUUUAAAACCCAAAUGUGAGGACGUCAAAAAUAAUAUAUUUAGCGGCAAUGUUGAGAUAAAAAAUUUACGUGACUUACUGGAAGCAACAACAAUGCAGCUUAAUAAUUACGGCGAUAAUUUGAAGACAGUUGAAAUAAAAAAUGCACUUAAUGAGGCGGAAUUGCUGUUGAAUUACUUACGAAAUAUUGACUUUUCACCCAAACUGAGAGAGUGCGAAAAAAUAAACGACGAAUCAAAAAAUUAUAUAGACGAACUAAACUCACAUUUGGAGGCAACCAAACCUUUGAAUUAUUUUAAAAACAACGUUACCAAAUACUUCAAAAAAAUAGAUGACCUGAAUUUCAAAGUCAAUGACGUGAUGGACAAACUUUUUAUGUACGAUAAUUUAUACAGAGAUGUAAAUAAAAAUUAUAGUAUUAUCAAAAAUCAAAAUGACAAUACUGUCAUCAUUGAUAAAGAUAUCGCAGAAUUAAUUGAUGAUGGCAGCAAAUUAAAUGAAGAAGCAAACGGUUUUAUUAUCGACAGUCAAAAUAAUUUUCAAGAUUUUCCGGAGUUGAAAAAAAAGUUGGACCAUUGGUCGGAAAAAUUGGAUAUCAAGGAAGAAAUAUUGUAUCGUUUGAAUUAUGAAUACGAAGAAAAGUAUGUCGCUAAAGCUGCUGAGCAUGCGCGAAAUUUAUCUGAUUAUGUUGACCAGUAUGUUGCAUUAUUUGACAGAACGCGCAAUGAUGCAGCGAAUCCACUUAAAGCAAGUCAAGCGUACAAAAAUAUACUUGAUUAUUUAUCAGCCGCUAAAAUAUCAGCGAGUUCCGCUAAAGAUGCUGCCUGGGACGUGUAUUACAAAGUAUUUCCGGAAGGUCCGCGUGGAAAGUCGCUACUAGACAGCGCUGCGGAAAUGUCGGAAAAAUCGGCGGCUCAAUUAGAAAAAGCCCAGGAACUGCGCGGGUCACUGGGACUGUCAAAGAAUCGCCUGGAUUCGCAAAAACAAAUCGUGGUGGACAUAAAAGACUCAUUGAACACCACUGGGAUUAAAGAUAAUCAAAUAAAUAUAAAACUACGCGAGCUACAGAGCGAGAGCAGCAAACUCCAGGAGCGACUAGUGGAAAUAAAAACAGACCAUAAAAAACUAAUUGAGACAAUAAGUGAGUCGGAAAAAUUGAUAAACGAUUACAAAGAAGGUCUGGCAAAUGAUUUGUACCCGCAGCUGCACGAACUGAAGCGCGAAGGUGAUUCAAAAAUAAGUCUGGCCAGUGAAAAAUUAACUGAAGCGCAGAGUAAUAUUAAGAAAGCUGACGCCAAGUUAAUAAGUCUAAGUCACGCUUCCACGAAACGUCAGCAUGAAUUCAAUAAAUGGAACACAACACUCGCUAACAAACUCAAAGAAUUAAAAUCAAAGAUAACAGAAGCGCGAAAUACUGCUGAUGGUAUUAGAAUAUCUCUGAAGCCCGCGGAAAACAAAAAAUGCACGCGGUCAUAUCGUCCCACAAAUCUUCAGCCGUCGACCACCACCUCGAUAGUCAUAACAUUUGCGGUGACGCAUCAUCGUAAAGACGGUCUGCUAUUUUAUUUACCCAGCUCUCAAAACGAUGAUUUCAUAGCCGUUGAAUUAUAUGACAGCAAAGUGAGAUUUUUAUGGAACGUCGGCGGUGACACGGGAGUUUUAGUUCAUCCCGAAAUUUUAGAAAGCGGAGACCCGCAGGAUGACAAUAACUGGUACCGCGUUGAAGCAGAUCGUGUGCGUCAUACCGGUAAACUAAAUGUGCGCAAGCAAAUUUCAACAACUGGAAAAUAUUUGCCAGUUAUUAAUUCAACAAAUCCCGAAUUCGGGCGGUUGGAUGUCGGCUCGAGCGACCGGGUAUGGCUUGGCGGCAUUCCACCAGGAUUCCAAAGACAUUCCGCAGAAUUACUGUUAACAAACGGGCUGCCUGGAUGUCUGCAUCAAGUUAUUCUUGACGGCAAACCACUUGGUCUGUGGAACUUCAUAACAACUGCACCAGACAAAGCUUGCAAAGCCUGCGUAGAGGGAAUCGAAAACGUACGCGAUGAUAUCGCUUAUAGUUUCAAUGGCGAAGGUUACGCUGUACGCAACCGCGUAUCUUCAGGGCCCUACAGCAAGUAUACAUUCGGCGUAUCGCUUAAUUUCCGUACUUACGACGAAAACGCUCUGCUAUUUUUGACAGUAAACCCAACAACCGAACAAUUCAUAAUGAUAUUUUUACGCGAGGGUCGCGUUAUUCUGCAAAUCGGCUACGGCAGUAAUAUAUCUAUGGAAAUGUCAUCUUCCUACCGUUACAAUAACGGCAACUGGACAAAAGUCGACGCGUUCCGUCAGUAUCAGCCGCGCAAGAAUAUUGAGAAAUGCAGCUUGAGUUUAGGCGACGGCGAUAAUGACAAACGAAUCGGCGCACCGACACCUCAGCCAAAGAAAGACGACAUUCCGGAUUUGUCACAGGCGAAAUACUAUAUCGGCGGUGUGCCACCGAGUUUCCGUACUCCAUCUCAGCUGUUGUUACCGCGGGAAGUAUCAUUUUUGGGCUGCAUGGCAAACAUCAACAUCCAAGACGGAUACGACCCAAUGGCCGAGCAGUACUACGGCGUGGAGCCGACUUGCGGUAACAAACCGCUUAAAAUUGUUGGUUUCUAUGGCGACGGUUAUCUAGAGCAUCGCUCGUGGCCGUUGAAAAAAAUUCAUUCGUCGGUUAGUUUUUCGUUCCGUACGAUGCAGACAGACGCCGCAUUGUUGCUGUCAACAUUCCAGGGUCAAGAAGAUCGUUUCAAUAACAUCAAUGAUAACGAAGAUGUUAAUAAAAAUAUUUAUUACUCAGUGGCCAUUGUCGAGGGACAUGUCCAAGUAAGAAUUAACGCCGGCAAAGGCGAACUGGUUUUACAAUCCAACAAUACCUAUAAUGACGGAAAAUAUCACGCGGUUUCAUUCUUGAAACGGCGAAAAGAAAUUGAGUUGAGAAUUGAUGAUGCUUAUCAGGGGAGCGGCAAAUUGCCGUCUGGCGCGGCGGUAAGAGCCCGUGAUUACGGUGGAUUAUUUUUCGGUGGUCUUCCCGCGUUGAUAAAUAACACGGAGAUGAUUGGCUCUAGUGUACCGCUUUAUGGGGCAAUUAAAGACGCGAUUUUCAAUGACGAGAUCGUAAGAUUUGAUGAUGCUGUGGCUUUCGAUCACGCGUUGCUGGGCAGAGCUGGCCCGGUUAUGGGAAAAGAUCCCCCGAGUUACACACCAUCGGCUUCAUUGUCACGCGGACUGUCAACUCAACCCGAAGGCUGUCAGAAGGUACCUUACUACUCUUUGGAACCGGGCGCUCUUAAAUUUGGCGACAAGUCUCACAGUCAUACCCAAUUGUACUUGAAUUUCAAAAAAUUCUGGGAGAAAAAAUACAUAAUUGAGUUUGACUUUAGGACCUAUUAUCCCAACGGCCUGUUGUUUAUUACGCCGGGGAUCAAGAGAAAGCAGUAUCUGAUGGUUAUUGUUCGAGAUGGACAGCUGACGUUGGUGAUGAAGAGUAAACAGAAAAAAGAAAUUGUUUUCAAGAGUCCGUUCAAUGAUGGAAAUUGGCACCAUGUUGUUAUCAAUCACGACGAGAGAAAGUUGACGCUGGUCGUUGACUCACAGACACCGAGAAUGAUAAAAGUCCCGAAGAAAAUCGGGCUGGAGACAAUGAUGUACAUUGGGGGGCUACCGGAAAGCGGGACGCCGUUCCCCGACCAAGUCGUAGGGAAACUGGAAACUUUGAAAGGCUGCAUCAGAGGUUUGAGGGUAAACGGGAAUAUUUACGACAUGGUUGGAUCCACGAGCAGGCCUUUCAAUGUCGGCCAAUGCUUCCCGAGUGUUGAAAGCGGAGCCUACUUCCAAGAUGAGGCCUAUGCUAUUUACAAGAAAAAUUUUGAGUUGAGUGCUUUGUUGGAGCUGCAAUUGGAGUUUCGGACAUCUGAAUUAUCGGGUGUACUAUUGUCGAUAACGGCACCAAGUGGGUCGCCGUCAUUGUCAUUGGAACUCUACCAUGGAAAAGUCAUAAUGUCCGCGGAUCUUGGUGACAAAAGUCCACUGUAUGUGGAGCAAAGUUUUCCAAGCCCUUAUGCGAUAUGCGACAACAGGUGGCACAGAAUACAAGCUGUCUACAAUGAUGAUGAGCUAACACUCAAAGUCGAUGAUUUAGAUCAGAAAUACGGAUUACCGGCUACUAUCAAUGAACAUUUUAUUAUAUCCACUGCCUCUAGUCCUUUGUACAUUGGUGGAUUACCAGCAUCAGCCCCGAAAGGAACAUUGAUGAGUCGCGAUCAUUUCAAUGGAUGCAUAAGAAACGUAAUGAUUGGUGGGGAAAGAAGAGAUUGGACUGAUAUGGCUGAGUUACAUAAUAUUCAUUUAAGUUCAUGUCCUGUUCAAUAAAAUGAUAAUAUUAAUUUAUAAAAUAAAUAAUUAUUUAUUUAUAUAAAAUUUUAAGUUAUUUAAAAUUUAUGGACUUUUCCAAAGACUGUGUCACUUUAAUGACAAUAGUACUUUCGUAAAUUUUAAUGACACAAAUACAGUCGAAUUCCAUUAAGUCUGACAGCUAGUCGAUGAAGGACCGGAAAUUUUCUGGAAAUUCACAUCGAAUGUCCCUCCGUAUUUGAAGAGUAAAUUACACGUAAGCGCUGUUACGUCUACAUGAAUGAUAUAUAUAUAUAUAUAUUUGUAUAAAUAUAUGGAAAGGGUGGGAGUACCUGAGGGAGUACUAAAUUUUCGGGGAGUCAAAUACGUUCAUAUUUUUUUUUUUAAUGAUUUUUAAAGUUAAUAGAAAAAAUUUUCAUUUUUUUUUUGGGCAAAAUGGGGUAUCCCCUAAAAAAGAGAAAUUAUUUAUUGUUUAAAGUAAUAGAUUAAAAAAUUAUUAAAAGUUAAUUAAAUUUCAAAAUCAUGAAAAUUUUAAAUAUUUUUAAGUUGAUUAUUGAUGUACCUGAAGAAGGCAACGUUUUUUGCGGAAUGAAAAUAAAAAAACGAAAUGAAAAAUAUAAAAUCUACUGGAUCUAGAUAUCUGAAAUGUUUCGCAUAAAUACUAGUAUGUCAGCUGAAAAUUGCAGUCAACUCCAAAUACCUCUUAAGUCACCUUUAAGCAGUCAAAUUACAUAAAUUAUUUUCAUUUUCGUUGCGCGAAAAACGUUCCGAUCUCCAGGUACAUGAUUAUUGAAAUACAUCUGAAGUAAUUUGACACUGGGAGUUCUUUUAUUGGAAAUCGAUAAGAAAAAAUUCAAAUUCAUGCCAUACUAUAUUUUUACAAAAACAGUAAAAAAUAAAUUCAAAAUAUUGCUCAAUUAGAUUAACAAAAUAUUUUUGAAUUUUUAUAAAACCAAACUUUUUCUAUUAAAUUUUAAAGGUACCCCAUUUUGCCUCUCCCUCCCCUAUAUAUACAGAAAAAUACAAAUAUAUGGCAUCGAGGGGGAGGGGGGAGGAACUCGUGAUGAGGAUUAAGAUUCAAAGUUCAAAUUCAAUGGAAUCAGACUUAUUGGAAUUCGAACAGAAUAAUAGAUAAAAAAAAUAAUAAAUAUAUAAUGACGUUAUAUUUAAAUAAAUUUGACAUUAAUUGAAGUGAGUAUUUAUUUAUAAAUAGCCGGAAAUAAAUAAGACAUAAGACUUAGCGAAGCCAAAAGAUGCUAAAAAGCAAAAAUAAAAUCAUGUAAAAAAAAAAAAAAAAAAAA